CGAUAGUGGCCGCCGGUGCUCAUUCGUGGACGGAGAGCCGCGAUUUCCACAUACCAGUGUAUUUUUAAAAGAUUUGGAUACCUGUGUGACGUUCAAUUCUAAAGUGCUAAAAACUAAAUCGUCUUGUAAAAAAACUGCAUCUGGUUUUCGAGGUGCGGUUGCGAGCGCUCGCCGUGGGCGGCGAUUCUUCAGUAAGAGACAGGCGCCCAAGCCGCUCGCACGAACCUGACCGCCGCACAAGCGCUGAACGAACGACAAGAUGGCUACCGGCCCGAAGAUAGUGCACAAGCAGUUCAACUCGCCCAUAGGGCUGUACUCGCAGAGGAACAUCCAGGAGACGCUCAACAAGCACCUCUCCAACCUCGACAACGGGGGCGUCGGGAUUGACUUCAGCAACCCUAGCACCGACAAGCCUGGCAAUCUCGCGCACUCCGCCGUACUGCGCAUGCUCGAAGAGGAGGAGCGCGGCCGCAGGAACCCUGAGAUUGCAAGUGUUGCGACCCGCGAACAAGCUAUAAGGAUAGUCAAAGUGCGUGCAACACGUCGGUUUGACUCCAGCUGGCCGCCGGAACCAAUGGUGUCUGCCCACUGUUGGGACGGACUGCUUAACGCUAACGGACAUAUACACACACACUUUAUGAAACCAGAGGAUGGUAAAGGUCAGAAGAAAGUAGUGUGGCCACCAGUGCCAGAAACGAACGGCUACCACCAGCCACAGCAUCAGCAACAGCAGAGUCCCGCGUACCACGCACAGCACUCCCCCUCCGCGCCGCAUUCGCAGUAUCAAAGCCCACCCCAGCCCCAAUACCAUAAUAGCCCUCAGUACAACGAGCAGUAUCAACAGCAACCUCAGUAUCAACGGCAACCCCAGCACCAACAACAAUCGCAACCCCAGUAUCAGCAGAAUCAGCCGGCGUAUUGCGACGGCAGACGCCAAGAGCCCACAGGGUUGAGUAAGCUGAUCCCCUUCGGUCCUGGAGUGACCGCGUCUCCGGCCCCGGCCUACAGACAGGGCCCGCAAUCCCCGGCCGCGGCCCCUUACAAACAGCCUAAUACCCGUUGGGGCCCUGUGUCAGCUCCCCUCUCUCCUCAGGCAUACCCACAACAGCAGCCGCAGUACUCACCCCAGCAGUACUCGCAACCCCAGCAGCAGCAACCCCAGCACUACCAGCAACAACAAUACUCGCAACCCGAGUACCCCCCGCAAUACUCGCCCCCUGAGUACCCCCCGCAAUACGACUACCAGCCCCCGCAGCGUCAGUUCGAGCCCCCACCGGCGACUAUCACGCUUCGUCAGCAGCCCCCUGUGCAUCAGAAACCACCGCCGGUGUUCGCAAGCCAGCCCGCCACAGCGUCUUACCAAGGAGGUGUCAACAUGCGUGGCGAUCAGAAGUGGCCGCCGCAGUCGGUGCGCGAGGCAGUCGCGGCCGAGAACGAGGCACGCCUCCAGCUUGCUAAGGGCCCCGCCUGCAGGCCUCGCAAGGUCAAAAAGGACUACACUGGUUUCUUUGCGCAGCACGCCCUAAACCAGAGCUACCCCGGAUACCGCGCGCCCCCGGGCACGCAACACUACGAGGACCAUUCGGGCCGAUCUUCUUAUUAGAAUCAUAGACUAACAUAUAAUCAUAAGGCAGAAGACUAUAGUAAUGUAACCUGUACUUCAUCCCGGAUAAGCGCGCCCUAUUUCACUGUAUCAGUAUCAUGACAACUAAGUAAUAUCAUUUAAUUAAAACGGGAUUUGUAGCAGCUGGUCUAAAACGCAAAAUAUCCACAAUUCCAUUUUAUCUUGACUACAAAUCGAUACCGACGAAGCCCCGCUUACGCGGGGCUCCUAUUCUGUACAGUUUGGCCUUCAGACAUAUGAAGAUACCUAACGAACCUAACCUACCUUUGCAUUUUAGACCAGUUGCUACUAUGCAUUAAAACGGUACCACUUUGUCGGUAGUUAAGUGGUAUCUCGUCUGAAAAUGAUACCUAAGCCAAAACGUGUCUUAAACCUCAUAGGGGCUGAGAGGCUAGGUAACAAACUAACAACCACAUUAUAACCACUCAUUGAUUCUCAAAGAAGAUCACAAGAAGUAGCGCAAGUACUUGUAUUGACUUUAGGUAUAAAGUCUCGACGCAUGUACACAAUUGGAUUACAUUGUAAUCUAAAUAUAAUUGUAAUCAUGUAUCAUUAAAUAGCUUGUAAGUUUAAAAUUAACCACAUUGACCUAUUAAUUUUUCGACGAUGAUUUCGAUGUAAUGUGCGGCUUAUGAAAAUGCGAAAUUAAACAUAUCGUUUUAAAAUGCUUAUUAAUACCAAAUGUACAUAUAUAAUUCUUGUUUUUUUUUUAUAUCAAAUUAAAAUUGUUGAAUUUAAACCGUGCUUCGCCAAUUAACAUUAGUAAUCGGAUUAUUAUAAGAUUCAUUUGGCUGGCUAAGCUAAAAUGUACACAACCUAGUCAUUGAAUGAGAUUACAAAGUAUUUUGUAUAUAAUUUGUUGAAAUUACCUUACUGAUUUAUUUAUUUGGUAUUUCAUGAUGUAUAUUUUUAAGAAAUAAAUUAUUUCGAAAAUC